GGGAUCCCAAAAAUCCCCGAAUUGGGCCCAAAACCGCCCGAGCUCGGCCCCGAAGCGGCCCCGAACCGCGCCCGGGCCCCCGGAGCCGCCGAUGAGCGGCGGGCGCUGGCGGCGGCCCGCAGAGAUGGUGCAGCCGGGGCCCGAGGCGGAGCCGGCGCUGGCGGAGGCGCUGCAGCGGCUGCGGGCGGAGAACCGCGAGCUGAGAAGUGCCCUGUGUCACUGCACGCAGUCCCUGCGCCUCCGCCUGGACGAGCUGCGCCGGCUGCAGCUGCAGCGCCGGGGGGAGCGGGAGCUGCUGCGGGGCCGCUGGGGCCAGGCCCGGGAGCUGGUGCUGCACCUGCGGGGACAGCGCGGGGACAGCGCCGGGGACAGCGCCGGGGACAGCGCCGGGGACAGCGCCGGGGACAGCAGGGACACCCCCGAGGACAUCAGGGACACCUCCGGGGACACCAGGGACACCUCCGGGGACACCAAGAACAGCCUUGGAGACAUCAGGGACACCCGUGAGGACACCAAGAGCAGCCUUGGGGACACCAAAACCAGCCCCGGGGACACCAAGGACACCCCAUGGGACAUCAGGGACACCGAGACCACGCCUGGGGACAGCAAAGACAGCCUCAGGGACAGCAAGGACAGCCCUGAGGACAUCAGGGACACGCUCAGGGACACCCUCAGGGACACUGGGGACAGCUGCAGGAGCACCCCUGACACCAGCACCAAGGCCCCUCUCUCGGUGUCCCCUCCCUUGGACGAUGUCCCCGCUGUCCCGGAGCCCCCCCCGGCCCCCCCCGGGGCCCCCCCGGAGCCCAGCUCCGAGGAGCAGCUGAGGCAGCGCCUGGCAGAGGCUGAGGCUGAGCUGGUGGCCCUGCGCUCCCGCGUGGCCGUGGCCGAGCUCCAGGCCCAGGACGUUUCCCGCGCGGCCGAGCUGCAGCUGCAGGGACUGCGCCGACAGCUGGAGCAGGACAAGGCCCAGGUCCAGGCCCAGGUGACGUCGCUGCUGGGGGAGCUCCGGGAGAGCCAAAAUCGCCUGGAGAGGAGCCGGGCAGAGAGAGAGCACCUGGAGCGCAGGCGGAAGCUGGUGCAGCUGCAGGCCGCCUACCAUCACCUGUUCCAGGAGUACGACGCCCACAUCAAGAGCAGCCUGGAGGGGGACAAACGGAGCCAGGUGGCGCAGGAGCAGCUCCGUGCAGCCGAGGCCGCUCUGGCUCUCAAGCAGGAGCUCAUCGACCGCCUCAAGGCCGAGGCCGAGAGCCAGCGGGGGCUGCUGGAGACCAUCCCGGUGCUGCAGGCUCAGGCCGACAUUUACCGUGCGGAUUUCGAGGCCGAGCGCGCGGCGCGGGAGGAGCUGCACGGGCAGCGCGAGGCCCUGCAGGAGGAGCUGAACCAGCUCAGGCAGCGGCUGGGCGGGGACGGGGCCCGGGCCCGUCUGGAGGAGAUGCGGAACCGGCACUCGGAGCCGGCCCCGGCCCCGGGGGGGGGUUUUGGGGGGCUCCUGCCCCCCCCCGAGGAGGGGCCCGAGCUGUGCUGCCCCAAGUGCCAGUACAAGGCCCCGGACAUGGACACGCUGCAGAUCCACGUCAUGGACCUGCAUCAUGUGAGGGGCCAAAACUGCCCCCUGGAACCCCAAAAACAGCCCCAAAACUGCCCCCCUGCGCCCCAAAAACAGCCCCAAAAACAAGCCCCAAAACUGCCCCCUGGAACCCCAAAAACAGCCCCACAAACACCCCAAAAAUAGACCCAGAAACAGCCCCAAGACUGCCCCAAAACUGCCCCCCCUGUGCCCCAAAAACAGCCCCAAAACUGCCCCCUGGAACCCCAAAACCAGCCCCAAAACUGCCCCCCGGAACCCCAAAAACAGCCCCGGAGCACCCCGAAAUUAGACCCAUAAACAGCCCCAAAACUGCCCCCCUGCGCCCCAAAAACGGCCCCCCGGAACCCCCAAAAACAGCCCCGGAGCACCCCAAAAAUAGACCCAUAAACAGCCCCCCAGAACCCCAAAAACAACCCCAGAGCACCCCAAAAAUAGACCCAUAAACAGCCCCAAAAACAGCCCCCUGGAGCACCCCAAAAACUGCCCCAUAAACAGCCCCAAAAACUGCCCCAAAACUGCCCCCCUGCGCCCCAAAAACAGCCCCCCCAAACCCCAGAAACAACCCCGGGGACACCCCAAAAUUAGACCCAUAAACAGCCCCAAAACUGCCCCAAAACCAGCCCCAUAAACAGCCCCAAAACUGCCCCCCUGCACCCCAAAAACAGCCCCCAGAACCCCAGAAACAACCCCAGAGCACCCCAAAAUUAGACCCAUAAACAGCCCCCAAAA